CAACCCUGUGUAUGGAUAACAGUGUUUAUUACAAACAGGGAUCGUAAUUAUUUCUCAGAGAUAAAUGUACUAGCUUGUCGGACCAACUCGGAUCCCUCAUACCCGCUGAAGAUUGCUGCCUCCGUCUCUGCAGAUGAUGACCAGCUCUGUCUUAUAAGAAGACAAGCCAUCACAGUUACCCACAUGGCACCAGCCUAGAGCUGUCUUAUAAGGAGAAGACAAGCCAUCACAGUUACCCACAUGGCACCAGCCUAGAGCUGUCUUAUAAGGAGAAGACAAGCCAUCACAGUUACCCACAUGGCACCAGCCUAGAGCUGUCUUAUAAGGAGAAGACAAGCCAUCACAGUUACCCACAUGGCACCAGCCUAGAGCUGUCUUAUAAGGAGAAGACAAGCCAUCACAGUUACCCACAUGGCACCAGCCUAGAGCUGUCUUAUAAGGAGAAGACAAGCCAUCACAGUUACCCACAUGGCACCAGCCUAGAGCUGUCUUAUAAGGAGAAGACAAGCCAUCACAGUUACCCACAUGGCACCAGCCUAGAGCUGUCUUAUAAGGAGAAGACAAGCCAUCACAGUUACCCACAUGGCACCAGCCUAUAGCUGUCUUAUAAGGAGAAGACAAGCCAUCACAAUCACCCACAUGGCACCAGCCUAGAGCUAUAAGACCCUGGAAGUUUGAAACAUUUACUGAUAUGAAGGCCGUUAGUUUAACAGAACAAGUUUCUCUGCCCAGGUUAACUACAUCAACUUAAAAUGGAGGAAGGAGAUUCUCUGCAUAGUGUUAACCUGAAUCAACUCAAGAUGGAGGAAGGAGAUUCUCUGCAUAGCGUUAACCUGAAUCAACUCAAAAUGGAGGAAGGAGAUUCUCUGCAUAGCGUUAACCUGAAUCAACUCAAGAUGGAGGAAGGAGAUUCUCUGCAUAGCGUUAACCUGAAUCAACUCAAAAUGGAGGAAGGAGAUUCUCUGCAUAGUGUUAACCUGAAUCAACUCAAAAUGGAGGAAGGAGAUUCUCUGCAUAGUGUUAACCUGAAUCAACUCAAAAUGGAGGAAGGAGAUUCUCUGCAUAGUGUUAACCUGAAUCAACUCAAAAUGGAGGAAGGAGAUUCUCUGCAUAGUGUUAACCUGAAUCAACUCAAAAUGGAGGAAGGAGAUUCUCUGCAUAGUGUUAACCUGAAUCAACUCAAAAUGGAGGAAGGAGAUUCUCUGCAUAGCGUUAACCUGAAUCAACUCAAGAUGGAGGAAGGAGAUUCUCUGCAUAGCGUUAACCUGAAUCAACUCAAGAUGGAGGAAGGAGAUUCUCUGCAUAGCGUUAACCUGAAUCAACUCAAGAUGGAGGAAGGAGAUUCUCUGCAUAGCGUUAACCUGAAUCAACUCAAGAUGGAGGAAGGAGAUUCUCUGCAUAGCGUUAACCUGAAUCAACUCAAGAUGGAGGAAGGAGAUUCUCUGCAUAGCGUCAACCUGAAUCAACUCAAGAUGUCCGCUGCUGUUUCUUUACCCAUCUUGAGACUCCACAGACUAACAAAGGUUCAACUGUCUCUCUGCACUCCCAGACUUAACCAGAACAACCCGAAGAAGAACAACAAACCAGGUAGAAAACCAACGAAGAAGAAAAACACCACCAGCAGAGGAAAGAAACAAUCCACAGGAAAUGGACACAACUCUGCUGACAGUGAAAGUGUUUCUAGCCAGGUAUCAGUAGUUUCUAGACAUCAGCACGGCCCGAAGGGAAGCAAAAAUAAACCCAAGAUCAUUCUCAAAUUCUCCCGCUCCAUCUUGAGGCCUGACGCAGCAAAACAAGAGGUGAAACAAGAGAUGGACGAGCUGCCUAUCGGUACGAGAAGUGAUGAACACUGGUUGAACUCUGUGAAGACAGAGAGCUACGACCCAGAGAUGGGUAACACCAGGGGACCUACAGAGAGCGACCCCAGGACAGAUGCACAUUACUUGGGUAUGAAGAUGAAGGAUGCUCCCCUGUACCACCAGGAUGAUGGGAGGCAGCUGCAGUCGUCUACCGUUCAGCCAUUCAAUCCGGCUGCGUUGCGGGCUGACCUGGAAUGUUGGCCUCACAACCAGAAGGUCCCCAGGUUCCCGUGUCCAGACUGCGGCCAGAAGUUCUCCUCCAAAAUUCAGUUUAAGUUUCAUUCCCGGAGCCACACACAGUACCGGCCGCACUCCUGUGAGGUUUGCCAUAAAACCUUCUCCCGGAAAGGCAGUCUAGACGAGCACCGACCAAUCCACGAGGUGGAGCGCCCCUUCGCCUGCCUCCAAUGCGGCAGGACCUUCACGUUCAAAUCCAACCUGACCCGCCACAUGCGGUUCCACAGCGACGCGCGGCCCUACGUCUGCCCCCAGUGCGGCCAAAGCUUCAAAAUCUCCGACCACCUGAAGAGCCACAUGACGGCCCACAGCGGGAAUAAACCGUACUUGUGCCCGGAGUGUGGCCAGAGUUUUGUCCGUUACAUUAGUCUGAAGUAUCACCGGCUGAGCCACACCGGCGAGCGCCCGCUGUCCUGCCCAGAGUGUUCCAUGACUUUUGCCCGGCCGCACACCCUUAUGAUCCACCGGCGACAACACAGCAGGAAAACGCUGUUCUCUUGCCAGGACUGUGGGAAGCAGUUCAACGAGGGGUACCAACUGAAAGACCACGUUACAAUGAAACACACAGGGGAGAAACCUUACAAAUGCUCUGAGUGUGACAAGUGCUUCAUCACUUCGGCGUCUCGUAAAGUACACAUGGUUGUCCACACAGGAGAGAAGCCGUACAAAUGCACAGAGUGCUGUAGGAGAUACAGUCAGAGUGGGCAUCUAGCGCAGCACAUGAGGAGACACACAGGGGAGAAACCAUACAAAUGCUCCGAGUGUGACAAGUGCUUCAUCACUUCGGCGUCUCGUAAAGUGCACAUGGUUGUCCACACAGGAGAGAAGCCGUACAAAUGCACAGAGUGCUGUAGGAGCUACAGUCAGAGUGGGUCCCUGAAGAGGCACAAGUGUGAGCAGCAAACCAGGUGAGAGGAACCUCGGGGCUAUGCCCCAAAUGGCACCCUAUUCUCUAAAUUGUGCACUAGGGCCCAUAGGAUUCUGGUCAAAAGUAGAGCACUGAAUAGGGUGCCAUUUGGCACACAGCCCCAGUGUUCUGAGUGUAGGAACUGGAGAGAACUGGAAAGCGGGUCCUUAAAGCAGUACAGCUGGAAGCAGCCACGUAGGUGAGAGGGUUCUCAGGUGUUUUGACGAGGGGAACUGGACUUUGUUCAUACAGACACCUAGCUGCGUUCCCUAUUUCCUAAUAUAGUGCACUACUUAAUGACCAAAUAAACCUACAGCUCUGAUCAAAAGUAGUGUUGUUUCUGUUUCCCCCUCGUGUUACUGUUCCCCCCUCCCCUUGUUACUGUUUC